ACCAAACUGAUGAGUCAAGAUCCCCUGUGAUCUCAAGAAAACUGCGCCCUAUGCACUACCCCAUGCCCAAAUGACAUGGGGUAUGAAGGGAACAGCCCUGAACCAAAUACCCGAUGCCUAUGGUAUCCUACGGUAUGCCUACCCUACGAUACUCGCAUGGGUUGUGAAAGCAAUAAUACACCGCCGCAUGCCUAUGAUACUCACCACACACCUCAAAGCUACACAGCUUGUAACGACCGGUAUACCGGUACAAUAUCUCCUAUGUUGCAGAAAAAGCCGGGUAACUUAUCAUCCGUUUUCGGACGCUUCCCCUUUUUGUCCCCUGUUAACCUACCGACUAUCUCCGAUCGGUAUCGUUAUCUCUACUGCCACCUUUUCUUCCCUUCAUUUCCUCCUCCCUAUUCUUCUCCUUAUUCCUAAUGAUUCUGAACCCCACUGCAUCCUCACAUUCUUUCUGAAAUCUAGUCUUUGGGACUUGAUACACCGUUUUCGGUUCACACGCUGCACCUUGCCUUUCUCGCUCUUUUCCAUGUCUAGCGCGAGAAGGCGGCCUUCCCUCUGGUCACACUUCUCGUUCCAGCGUAAACCCGCACGAUCAUCGAGUAUAUCCUCACAGUUACGACCUUCUGACGACCGGUACGAGAAAUCCGGACGUCACGCAGAGUUAAACCCAGCGUUUCCGAGCAUGUCGAAUCGAUGGUUAAAAACCUUGUCAGUGGCUGUUAUUUUUGCCCUCGCUUUAUUCAUCCUUGCCCCUAAGGACAAGUCCAGUGCAACCUCUGAAUAUGUAGGAGAUGAAUUGGGCUUUUUAGCAGACAAAACUCAAAAUAUAUCGAACAGCAGAGUUAUACCCAAUACCAACCCUACCACGCCGGCCUCUAGCGGCCAAGGCCAAGUCGCCCUUGAUGACGAGUCGGGAACUAAGAGCUGCACAAGGUCAAGCUCCGCGAAGAAGCCUAUCGUGCAAUAUGCUAUCAUGGUCGAUGCAGGAUCUACUGGAUCGCGAAUUCACGUCUACCGCUUCAAUAAUUGUGGUGCCACCCCUGAGUUGGAGAGUGAAGAAUUCAAGAUGAUCACUCCUGGACUUUCUUCUUACAAAGCGGAUUCUGAGGCUGCUGCCAAGAGCUUGGAUACUUUGCUUGAGGUAGCUGUCGAGAAGGUCCCGGAUAAGCUGAAGGGAUGUACACCGAUUGCAGUGAAGGCUACUGCUGGAUUGCGGCUCUUGGGUGACGAGAUGAGCCGAAAGACCUUGGAUGCUGUUAGACAGAGACUUGAGACUCGUUAUCUGUUCCCGGUCGUUGCUGGUGAUGGUGUAUCCAUCAUGGAAGGAAAGGAUGAAGGUGUCUAUGCCUGGAUCACCACCAACUAUCUGCUUGGCAAGAUUGGUGGUCCCGAGGAUACUCCCACCGCCGCAAUCUUUGACCUCGGAGGUGGAUCAACACAAAUUGUCUUCCAACCCACUUUUCCCUCGAGUGGUGGUGGGAUGCCCGAGCACCUUGCACCUGGAGACCAUAAGUACGCCCUGAACUUUGGUGGGCGCAACUUCGAUCUCUAUCAACAUUCUCAUCUCGGAUAUGGUCUCAUGGAGGCUCGUCGCUCCAUCCACAAAUUGCUCGCUGAGACACAAAAGAAGGAAGGUGAUGAGGAUUGGGCCAACAAGCCAAUUGUUAAUCCUUGCAUUAUUCCCGGCAUGUCCCGUGAGGUCACUGUCAAGAUGGGUGACGAUGAAGAAGUUAAGCUUAACAUGACUGGCCCUAGCGAGCCUUCCAUGCCUCAAUGUCGAUACCUUGCCGAGACUACUCUUAAGAAGGGCAAAGAAUGCAAGCUUACCCCUUGCUCAUUCAACGGAGUUCAUCAGCCUUCUUUGGCAAGGACUUUUGCAAAGGAGGAUGUCUAUAUUUUCUCGUACUUCUUCGACCGUACUCGCCCUCUUGGUAUGCCAGACAGCUUUACGUUGAAGGAAAUGACUGAGACCACAACCAGGGUCUGCGGCGGUAAGGACUCAUGGGAUGUUUUCCAAUCCAUUGAUGGUGCCAUGGCCGAGUUGUUGGACCGACCAGAGUACUGCUUAGAUCUAAACUUUAUGCUUGCAUUGCUUCACACUGGUUAUGAGAUGCCUCUUGAUAGAGAAGUUAAGAUUGCAAAGAAGAUUAAGGGCAAUGAACUUGGUUGGUGCUUAGGUGCUAGUCUUCCACUUCUUGACCAAGGAAACGGGGGCUGGCAAUGCAGAAUCAGAGAAUCGUCAUAACAAAAGAAAAACGAGUUUUAGAGUUUUAUUUCUACUUUGUAAUCUGCACGAAUGUCUUUUUCCCCAUUAUUCUUUUUCUUCCAUCAUACUUCAUAUUCCCCCCUCCCCCCUCCCUCCCCUUUUUUUUUUGGUUCAAUAUGUUAGCGAUAAAUUGUCUGUUAAUUUUUUCUAGCUUGAUACGGAAGCACAUGGUCUGAGGGGUUGCUAGGCAUAGAUGUGAUAGCACAUCAAAAAAGAGAUGUCUAAUUAUCAAAUUACCAUGACCGUAUCCUCGCGAUAAA